GCCCGGAACAAAAUCCACUGCUAGAAGCGGUGAUGGACUGCGAUAUGAAGUACUCCAUCCUGCUCCUCGGGCAGCGGACUGGAACUGCUACUUCGGCGAAAGAUUCACCGUCGGGCCUCGGCCAGGUCCAUGCGGCUCAGGUGCAGUUUGGAACACAAGCCAUCCGAGCGAGCUUUCCGAUAGAGUCGGCUCCUGAUAGUACAGGAUUGGAAAUAUUAGACAUGGCAGUAAGUCGUGGCUCAGAGCAAGAGAAUCAAGUCUCAGGAGCGGAAAAACUACCGACCAGCAGACCGAUUGGCCCCGGAAGUAGUAGUACUUCGAGUAGUUCGCCAGAAGUUCUCCAGGGUGACCGGAUAAAACGGAGCGAUAUAAUAGGCGCCCUGCAAAAAACAAGUGCGCAACAAAGUUCAACUACCGCCGGCGCGCAGCAAUCUUCAUCACAGCUCGUUGACAAUGGCAGUGACACCAAAACUUAC